AUGCCAUUAAUUAUCUUUUCUGGAUAUCCCUCUUCAGGGAAAACGACGCGUGCAAAACAACUUCAGAAAGCUUUGGAAGAGCGUAUAGAAAACAAUGUUGAUGGAACGAAAGAAUACCGUGUAGUUAUCAUCAAUGAUGAAUCUUUGGACAUUAAAAAAGAAGUUUACAGAGAAUCAAAAACCGAAAAAGCUGCUCGUGGACUUUUGUACUCUGCCGUCCAACGUGAACUCUCCAAGAGUACUAUAGUCAUUUGUGAUGCACUAAACUAUAUUAAAGGAUUUCGUUAUCAGCUUUUCUGCGAGUCAAAAUCCAUGUACACCCCUCACUGUGUGGUCCAUGUUGCUGUACCCAAAGAGAUGCCUAAACAACUAAAUGAUACUUCCGAGAAUCCAUACCCCGAAGAUGUCCUGGAAGGAUUAAUUUUUCGAUAUGAAGAACCAAAUGGAAUGACUCGAUGGGAUUCACCUCUUUUCACAGUCAUUCACGACGAUCCUACUCCUCCCAUUGAUGCUAUUUGGUCAGUGCUAAUUCAUAACAAAUCUGUGAAACCAAACUUGGCUACCAUGACCAAAGCACCUGCUGAAGUAAAUUAUUUAUACGAACUCGAUAAAAUAACACAGGACGUUAUCAUGCUAAUCCUCAAUCAUCAAAAUACAGAGGGAUCUUCUUCGUUGCCAAUUCCCGGAAGCCGCCUUCAAAUUGAAAUGCCAAGUAUAACUGUGUCACUUCCACUUUUACAGCGUUUUCGCCGUCAAUUUGUUCACAUCAAUCGCCAACAAUCAUACAAUACCAACCUUUUAAAAGAUAUGUUUGUCGAUUAUUUGAACGGACAAUUUGAAACAAUGGAGUGA